UGCGGCUAAACAAACUGACUACAGCAUCAUGUAUACGGGCCUAAAGCGACAAUUGCUUAAGAUUUGUAUCGUUUUACUUACAAUUAUUCUGCUAAAUGAUAUUGCUCUGAUGUCCGUCUCAGGGGUGGAGUACUACUCAGAGAAACCAUCCUUUCUGCCCUCAUGUCGGAUCUAUGAGCCGGGCUUUACAAAAUGCUCCACCAACAGUGUUCAGAAACUUAUCGAUCAACUUGUCAUUGGCAUUCCGGAGGUACUCCAAAGUUUUGGACCCUUCGAUCCUAUGAGAGUGAGGGAUAUUAUAUUUAAACAAGACAAUAACGAGGUGGCCACAAUAAGAGCCAAUCUCACAGAGGUAGUGGUCAAAGGUUUUUCAAAAACAAAAAUCAAAGAAAGUCGUGUCAGUAAAAAGGAUUUUAGCUGGCAGACGAAAAUGUUUUUGCCCAAAAUGCGUCUGGAUGGCAAAUAUAAAAUGAAUGGACGCAUUUUACUGAUUCCUUUAAGUGGCUCUGGUAAUAUAUUCAUAGAGAUCGAGAAUUUGGACAUUUUGAUGCUGACCAAGACACGUUUGUAUGAAAAAGGUGGUUUUACUUUCGACAAUGUGACAUCGGUGCGAGUCCAUCUAAAUAUGACUAGGGUUCGCACACAUUUGGAUAAUCUCUUCAAUGGACGCAGCAAUGAAGUGGAACGAAGUACAAAUCAGUUUUUCAAUGACAAUUGGAGAGAUUUCUAUGAGGCAUUACGUCCGCUGAUUGUUGACACAGUGGAAAGUAUACUACUUGAGGUGAUGUCCAAGGUUUUUAAUCUGAUACCAGCAAACUUUUUUGUGGAAGAUAUACCAACAUCUCAUCAGCUGUAUGGAACAAAAGCAACAAUUUCGAAUGUCAGCUGAAUGCGUAACACCAUCAUUUUGAAUAAAUCCUGUUCAUUUACAUGUUUACUUACAAACUGGAAAUUAAUUUUAAUUGCAUAUACAUUUUCAAUUACAACAUUUUUCGUUGAGCAUUUUUAUCAAUAAGAAUUUUUUUCUAAUUAAGCACGUAUAAUAUCUGCCUUUUUUGUCGAGAAAUGAACUCCAUAUUUAUCUUCUGCAAUUAAAAAAGAAACAAAUUAUAA